AUGUUUUCCUCGGACUGCAAUUACCUCGAACGGUUUUACGGUGGUUUUCGAAACUCCACAGCCAAAUCGUUAUGCGAGUUUGAAAAGAGUUUUGUGUCAUUGGCUUUCCACAUCUCUGAAUAUAUUUAUGAGGUUUCAAUAUUGAGUAUUUUCAUAAAUGCUCUUCAUAUAUUCAUUCUCACACGGAAACCAAUGAGAACUUCAUCAAUUAAUAUUUUAAUGGCUGCAGUUGCUCUAUUCGAUAUCUUAUCCUCUUUAGUACACAUUGAAAUUUUUUUUGAGCGACAUAGCAAUUUAAUUUUUACAUGUUUUCCGACAGACGCUUACGGUCUAGUUCUAGCUAAAGCCUUGCUCAUUGUGAUAAAUGAUUACUCGAGAAGAUGCUCAACAUGGCUUAUCGUAUUCAUUGCUUUAAUUCGUACACUGAUAAUUCGGAAUCCAUUCAGCCCAAAGCACGUAUUGCUGAAAAAGCCAAGGUCAUCGUUUAUGGUGAUCGCUGGAAUUUCUGCAGCAAGUCUGCCAAUUUCGAUAUUUAAAUUCCUGGAAUUCGAGUUCAUAGAGAAAAUGAGCAAACGUUCUUGUGCUCCAAAAGGUUCCUAUUAUUUUAUAGCUUUAUCAGAACUAUUCUCGAGAAACGAUGGUUGUUUAGCAAAACAUUUCAAUUUAUUCAAUUCAUUUGUGUCAGAUAUAAUUCCAUGUAUUCUACUUCCAAUAUUUACUUGUUCACUUGUU